GCUGUCUUGAGCGAUAGGUCGCCAGGUAUGUUUUCAUGUGAGGAUUCCGGGGCCUUCACUGCGGCGGAUAUGGAUUCCUACGCUUAGCAAAUUGGGCUGAAAACAUAGAGUUUGCGAGAUAAAAGCAACCGAAAAUGUUUGGGCGGUCAAGAAGCUGGGUCGGAGGACAGGGGAAGUCUAAAAACAUUCAUUCUUUGGACCAUUUGAAGUAUAUGUACCAUGUCCUAACAAAGAACACAACAGUGACUGAUCACAACAGAAAUCUUCUCGUGGAAACUAUUCGCUCCAUUACUGAGAUUCUCAUCUGGGGUGAUCAGAAUGACAGCUCAGUGUUUGACUUCUUUUUGGAGAAGAAUAUGUUUGCAUUUUUCCUCAAUAUAUUACGACAGAAAUCUGGACGCUAUGUUUGUGUCCAGCUUCUGCAAACGCUCAACAUUCUUUUCGAGAACAUCAGUCAUGAGACCUCUCUGUAUUACUUGCUGUCUAAUAAUCAUGUUAAUUCCAUUAUUGUGCAUAAAUUUGACUUCUCCGAUGAAGAAAUUAUGGCGUACUAUAUCUCAUUUUUGAAGACUUUGUCUUUGAAGCUGAACAACCACACCGUUCACUUUUUUUACAAUGAGCACACUAAUGAUUUUGCCCUGUACACGGAGGCCAUUAAGUUUUUCAACCACCCAGAGAGCAUGGUCAGGAUCGCGGUCAGGACUAUCACACUCAAUGUGUACAAAGUCUCAUUGGACAACCAGCACAUGCUACACUACAUCCGGGAUAAAACAGCUGUGCCGUACUUCUCCAAUUUGGUCUGGUUCAUCGGUAGCCACGUCAUCGAGCUGGACAAAUGUGUGCAGACUGAUGAAGAGCAUAAAAACAGAGGAAAACUCAGUGAUCUGGUAGCCGAGCACCUUGACCAUCUUCACUAUCUGAAUGACAUUCUCACCAUCAAUUGUGAGUUUCUUAAUGAUGUGCUGACUGACCACCUCCUCAACCGCCUCUUCCUGCCCCUCUAUGUGUAUUCACUGGUCACCCAAGAACAGACUGAAGACCGCAAAAUCAACCCUCAGGUGUCACUCUACCUGCUGUCACAGGUGUUCCUGAUCAUCCACUACCAGCCACUGGUUCACUCUCUGGCUGAUGUUAUCCUGAACGGAGACCUCUCGGUGUUCACCUUACAGACUGAGCAGAGUGCUCACAAGAGUUCAAGCAAUGCUGGUGUUCGCCGCUUCACCAAGCCACUAGAGAGCCUGGAGCGUUCCCUGGAGAUGAGUCGUCAGCGCGGGAGGAAGAGGGCGCAGAAAAGACCCAACUACAAGAACGUGGGAGAGGAAGAAGAGGAGAAGCGGGGAUCGGAUGAAGGGCCAGAAGAAGAGAAGGAAAAGGCUAAAGGUACAGAGGCUAGUUCAAAGGCCAGCAGGACAAGUGGGGACAAGGAAGAAAUUGAGAUGGUAGUGAUGGAAAAAUGUCGGAUCUCUGACGUUUCCACAUUAACAGAACAAAACAUUACAGACGAGGAGAAGAGCGCAGCUGCAGCAGCACGAUCUGAAGGACAGAAGAGCAGGCCCUUCCUGGACAUGUUGUAUUCUGCAUUGGACUGCGACACAGAGGAUUACCAGGCACUGUUUGUGCUUUGCCUCCUGUAUGCCAUGUCUCACAGUAAAGGUAUAAACCCAGAGCUCUUGGAAAGAAUCCAGCUACCUGUGCCGAGUCAAGAGAGGAACACUUACAGUCAGGUGCUGGUGGAGAGAGUGAUCCGAAUCAUGAGCCAAGCUGCUCAACCAGAUGGGAAGGUGCGUCUUGCCACCCUGGAGUUAAGCUGUCUGCUUUUGAAACAGUCAGUGCUGUCUGGCUCUCAGUGCAUUAUAAAAGAUAUCCAUCUGGCCUGUUUGGAGGGAGCCCGAGAAGAGAGUCUUCACCUUCUGAGGCAAUUUUACAAGGGGGAGGAGAUCUUCCUGGAUAUGUUUGAGGAUGAGUACAGGAGUAUGAUGAGUAAGCCUCUAAACGUGGAGUAUCUUAUGAUGGAUGCGUCCAUUUUGCUUCCUCCCACUGGCACACCCCUUACCGGCAUUGACUUUGUGAAGCGGUUGCCCUGUGGAGAUGUGGAGAGGACACGCAGGGCUAUCCGUGUUUUCUUCAUGCUGCGAUCGCUGUCCUUACAGCUACAGGGUGAACCAGAAACUCAGCUUCCUCUCACACGACCGGAGGAUCUCAUCAAGACUGAUGACGUGCUUGACCUCAACAACAGUGAUCUUAUCGCUUGCAUGGUGGUGAGCAAAGAUGGGGUUCAAGCUCAGCGCUUUCUGGCUGUAGACGUGUACCAGAUGAGUCUCGUGGAACCGGAUUCAAAGCGUCUUGGCUGGGGUGUUGUCAAGUUUGCCGGCCUUCUGCAGGACAUGCAGGUUUCAGGAGUGGAAGACGACAGCAGGGCUCUGAAUAUAAUCAUUCACAAGCCCACAUCUAACCCUCACGCCAAGCCCAUGCCCAUCCUGCAGGCUAACUUCAUCUUUGCAGACCAUAUUCGCUGCAUCAUCGCCAAACAGCGACUUGCCAAGGGCCGCAUCCAGGCCAGGCGCAUGAAAAUGCAGCGGAUAGCAGCUCUAUUGGAUCUUCCUGUUCAGCCUUCCACAGAGGUGCUGGGCUUCAGCCAACCGUCUGUUACUUCAUCUUUGCCUUUCCGUUUCUAUGAUCAGUCCAGACGUGGGCCAGCUUUCGCCUCUGUCGAUAAAGUUCCAGGUUUUGCAGUUGCUCACAUUGCCCAGCACAACUCCACCUCAUCCUCUUCAUCUGUUUCACCUUCCUCUAGUGGUCCACCCGACUCCUGUGACUCGCUCACAGCCAGCAACACAUCCACACAGAGUCAAACAGGACUCGCUCUAGCGCCGAGCCUCACCCCUGCACCACAACCCACCAUCUCCCUCCUAUCUGACAAUGAUGCCGAAACCCUGAGUGUGGAGUCGCUGACCCUGCUGCCCCCCGCCGACCCGCCUCGUCUGCGUUCCUUCAGCACCCAAUCCUCCAUCCAGGAUGAGGACGAGGUAGCCAACACCAGCCGACCCGAAGAUGACUGCACAGGGGUAAGGGACGCACAGUCUCAAGACAUUUCAAUCAUACCAGAAGAAGAUGAAUCGUCUCCUGAGUCCGGGCCUUUGCUUGCUGGAGAAACUGAGGAUUUGAUGCAGGCUCAGAGGGAGGAACCCGUGACUCAGCCUGAGGCAGACUCUAUGGGCGUCCUGGCCAACCAAGAGGACAACCCAGACCUGGAGGAAGAGACGGCGAUAGACUGAUGUCUCUUGGUACUAAAAUUGAAAUGUUCUGAUGAAUUUGGGGCUAGAUUACUAAAGCAAGAAAUGCAUGUUGUGUUGUGUAGUCAAUUGAGCACGAACGAUUCAGCAUAUGCCUUCAGCUUUAGUGGUUCAGUCCCUCAGUUGAAUCUGUAUCAUUAGGGAGGGUACCAUUAAUUCUCUUGAAAUCAAGAUCAGAGCAAAAUGGCGCUGACAGAACAAUGAUGUUAUUGUUGGUCACAAGUUUUGCUUAAAGCACAGUCUUUGCUUUAUUCGGUCUGUUCUGGUGCUGAGUGUUGUGAUUGUUUGAGUGUGUGUGUGUGUGUGUGUGAGAGAGUAUGGUUUUUAUAAGACUGAGCAGCCUGAGAAGAAAGGGUGUGUUUGUAUAAUAAUAAAUAUCUGAGUGGGUUAGUGGGAAAAUACCUGCUUGAUUUUACCAGUCUUAACACUGAGGAAUGUACCAAAAGACUUCUGGGUCUGUCCAGCGGUGCUCUUUUCCGAAGGUAUAUUUCAUUUUGGCUGAACAUUGAUUUGCACUUCAAAGGUGGGUUUACAAACAAAAAAGCCCCUCGGUCUUUGGAGAUUGUAAGAAGCAGGAAUGUGUAUAAAACAACCUAUUUUAAUUCCAGAUCAUUCAACCUAUGAACUCUUGCUCGCUUUUGGCAGGUAUUGGAUCGUUCCAUCCAACCAUGCUCCACUAAAUCGGACUUUAAAAACUAAAAUGCUGACUAACGUGCAUCAGUCACAUUUUUAAAGUGAUCUUUUCAUCAGGUGAGCGCACCUGAUGUCAUCGAAUUCAUUCCUGAGAGUUUAUGUCACUGCCGUACCUUUCACAUGUUGGUUUUCUUUCCUUAACCUCCUGGAAUCUGCAGGCACCAGGUGAAUAGACCUAUUUUGUCCAUGCAGUUGAGCUUUUAGUACUUAAAAGUGGCCUCUUUACCACUUUUCCUGUGUUUUAAUGUUCGUUAACACUUAAUAUUCUAGAGGUCAUUAAGAGCUUGUGCUGGACACACUUAAUCAAAGCUGGGUGUGAUGUGUUUGUGGUUUGUUUCGUUUGACUUUGGUGUGUUAUAAGAGUAAUUCAAGACUCAUUUAUUUCACUUACAGACUGUCGUCACUAAUGGACUGAAGUUGAAAAUAUGUUUUCAGUUUCUAGACAGCUGCACAUAGAAAGGAUCCACACGCUGGCACUGAUGCAAAAAUGUGGUAACUGUGACUGAGCGCUUAUUUCCAAAACAAAAAAACAACUGGACUCAGAUUGAAGCUUUAUUGGCAGAGUUUGUCAAAUAUAUUAGAAGCAAUACACAUAAUUCUGCAUAUAUCAGUAUUUCCAGGUUCAAUUCAAUGUCAAAAAGAGGCGCAAGGGGGGUAUAAAUUUGUACACAGUGUAAAGAUUUGUUUUGAUCUAAUCUUAAUCUAAUUAAUUUACCAACUGGAGCUAUCGAAGUCAUGCAAUAAAUUAUUCUGAUGUA